CGCCAGUGCUCACGCACAAGAGGCGCGCGCCCGCCCGCCCGCCAGUCGCGAGAGAAGCUUGAGGCUGCAUCGAGCUCACAGCAGCUGCAGCGAAAGGCAAGAUGCUAAAGGUCUUGCUCUGUGUUGUUGCUGUAGCCUUUCUGCAAAUAGAAGGCAGACAGCGAGCUACAGCGGACAACGGCAAUUUUCUGGAUGAUAAACAAUGGCUGACCACCGUCUCACAGUAUGACAAGGAGCCAGGGCAUUGGAACAAAUUUCGAGACGAUGACUAUUUCAGGAACUGGAACACUGGCCGACACAUGGACCAAGAUGCUGCUAAAGAUCCCUGUCUAAAUGUGAAAUGCAGCCGGCACAAAGUGUGCAUUGCUCAAGACAACCAUCGAGUGGUUUGCAUUAGUCACAGAAGACUAACGCACAGUAUGAAAGUAACCAAUAUGGCCCACAAGCAACGGAAAGGAUCAAACUGCAAGCCAUGUCCAGUAGUUCAUCCUCAUCCUGUAUGUGGAACUGAUGGCCACAUCUACUCAUCUCCGUGCAAACUGGAAUAUCAAGCUUGUGUUUCAGGGAAGCAGAUAUCAGUCAAAUGUGAAGGACAAUGCCCUUGUUUAACAGAUAAAUUGACAAUCGAAGGAAUAAUUCAACCCAAAGCAGAAUGCAGUGAGAAAGAGUUCAGAGAAGUUGUAUCAAGGCUAAAAGACUGGUUCAAAGUGUUACAUGAAAAUGGAAACCACAACAAAAAGAGUCACGCGUUUCAGAGGCAGGACAAGGACCGAGUUAGAUUUGACACUAGCAUUCUUCCCAUUUGCAAGGACUCACUUGGGUGGAUGUUUAACAGACUGGACACAAACUACGACCUAUUACUUGAUCAGUCAGAGCUGGGAAGCAUUUACUUUGAUAACCAUGACGUAUGCAUGAAACCAUUUUUCAACUCGUGUGACACCUACAGAGAUGGUCGCAUUUCCAACAAUGAGUGGUGCUACUGCUUUCAGAGACAUCAAGAUCCACCCUGCCUGAUGCAACUGACCAGUGUUCAAAGACAGCUAAAUGGAAAGAAGCCACUCGGUAUCUUUCUUCCCACCUGUGAUGAAGAUGGAUAUUAUAAAGCCACUCAGUGCCAUGGCAGUGUGGGUCAAUGCUGGUGUGUUGACCGAUAUGGGAAUGAACUGGGAGGAUCUAGAUCAAAUGGACAUUCUGAUUGUGGUGAACAAGAGAGUUCAGGUGAUUUUGGCAGUGCUGACUUUCAUGAAUGGUCAGAUGAUGAAGAUGAUGAGGAAGAUGUCAUUGAUGAAGAAGUUGAUGCUGUGGACAAUGAAGACGAUGAAGAUGAUGAUGAUGAAUAUGAUGCAGGUGGUGACAUAUGGUAGUCUGGAAAUGUCAUGAACUUUAAUAUUUUGCACGUUUCUAUAGUGAGAUCUCAUGAAUUACUAGUCAUAUUAAAAAGAUCAAAAAUAUUUCGGUCAGCGUGUAUAUUUUGUACAAUUAUACUCUCAAACAAGGACACUCCAGAAAGAAGUCAGCAUCCCUUAAAAAUUGUUACAGUUCUUUACACUGUAUCAUUUUGGAAACAAAAUUGUAAUUCUUUUAAAUCAGUAACAUUACAAUAAGUAAGAAAUCUUUUUUUGUUCAAAAAUCUGUUUCCUUUAAGCCAUGUUUUGUCAUUAUGCUUAGUUUUAACGUGACGCAGUAGAUUGAGGCGCAUUAACCAUGUCUGUCCUAGGCUGCUCAUUAGUUCUGAAACUGAAAACAACAUUGAUGUGAGUUUGUUUCCCAAACCUUUGGCUGGCUAGGUAAAAGUUAAAAUAAACUUGUUGCAUCAAAUAAAAAUUUGACUUUGGUCAGCAGUUAAUAAGCUUUCCAUACAAACAAGUAAUGUUUCUCAAGAGUUAUUUGUUGCAGCUAGCAGCCAAAAACAUGCUUUUUUAGACAGCAGUUGUUGAUGUCAAAACAUUCUUGCCUCUACCUGAAUAUUGCUAAAGAACAUGGAUGCCUUGACUACCUGAGAGAUUUGUUUUUCUUAAAACAAAAAUCAGUUAUCUUUUUAAAAGUAUAUAUGAUUUCAACCACUAGUUCAAACUAAGUAGAAGUCACAUGGUGAUGUGCCUUUCAAAUUAAAAAUAGAAAUAUUUUUUUUUGUGUAUUAAAGAUAGGAGUUCAGGUAAUACUUAAGCACACCUGAUCACAGCAUUAGUACUUCAGCUGCAAACUUUGCAUAAGUGAAAAAUAAUUUUAAAUUAAUUUUCAAUAGUUAUGGCAGUCAUCAUAUGGACUGUAAGUAUAUACAAGUAACGUGUAGCAGUAGCAUUUAACAAUUUUGCCUAGACUAAAUUGCCCUGUAUUUAUGUUAGCAUGUUAAUUGAUUGAAUGGACAUAUUGAAAUUCCACCGCCUUGAUGCAUACUGGAGUUGAGACUUUUAAGUCCUUUAUCAAUGAAGGUCAACAUUGUUUGUAGUAACUAACAUAACUUUACACUGUUGUGUGCUGUUUAUUUGGAGCAUAAGGUUGUUGGUCUUAAAUGUUUCUCCUAAAAUCUAAGCUAAAGGAAAAUUGUGAACACUGUAACUUAUUCUAAUAAAUUUUCCUUUAUAGACUGGAUUUAAGUUACAAAAUGAAAAAGCUAUGCUGCAUUUUUUUUACUGUUUCUGUAUAGUUUACAAUAAUAAAGGACUCCUGUAACCAA